AUGACAGUCAGCACAAUUGCAUGCUUGGAAUUUUACCUACCGACUUUUGCCUUUUGAGUCCGUGGAGGAAGAAAGCCGAAAUGACUAGCAGAGUGAAGAGACACCGCAACAUGAAGCUUGGCAGCUAACAUUUGUAGCGCAGACAGCCGGCUGCUCGACAUAUUUUAACCAGCGACAGCAACGACAGCAACGACAGCCGUGGGUUGCCAAACAAGAAGCAUCAUUCAGUGUCAGCCAGAGGUAACAUUAGCAGCUGGAGCUCCCAGCCGAGCUCGUCUCUGCUUCUCUGGAGCCUAUAAAUCCAUGCUUCAACCUCAAGAAUACUUCUCCAGCAUAUUCAACAAUGUCUGCGGAUCCCCUGCCUGAAUGCCCAGUCUGCAUUGAUGAUUUGAAGUUAGACAUCUUACAACCAAAGCACCUCUCUCAAACACCCUGACUGCCGUUGUCUGUGGGCGUCAGCUGCCUUCGAGUUCCACUUCCUGGCCUUUGCUGUUGCAAGCACACGUCCUGCUGGAGUCGACUAGAGCGACGCACUGAAUCCAUACUCUAACUCUAGGAAUGCUUUGUAGGGGCCUCUGACCACUCUCUGGAUACAGACAGCGGAAAAGAGAAUUUCCGUAUAGAAAUCAGGGGGAAGAAUCAGUAUAUUAAGUUACUGGUAUAUCCACACCCAAGAAAAGACCUUCAGCCUCAGACAGGGCCUCUCCAGCUCCCCCUCCCCCUUGCCACCCCCAGUACCAUGCUGGGUACACUCCUGCGGAGGAACAUGUCCCAGAAGCUGAGUGUGCUGCUGCUGGUAUUCGGCCUGGCGUGGGGGCUUAUGCUGCUGCGCUACACUGUGCAGCAGCCUCGCCAUCAGAGCAGCGCCGAGCUACGUGAGCAGAUUCUGGAGCUCAGUCGGCGAUACGUCAAGGUCCUAACAGAGGAGAACCAGAAUGCACCAGGUGGACCACAAGGAACCUCCAUGGCUGGUUAUGCUGAUCUGAAGAGGACUAUAGCUGUGUUACUGGAUGACAUUCUGACACGGCUGGUCAAACUGGAGGGGAAAAUCGAGUUGGUGGUCAAUGCCUCCUCCACUAACACCUCCCACACAGCAGGGGGCGAUCUUGCUUCUGCUCCCGCUGCCGUACAGAAAUCCUCAAAGCAGGACACACCUGGCAGCCACCCAGGGACGUCUCGCCUUCACCCACACGUCCCUAAUAGGCCUCGGCCACAUCAAGGAGCAUAGUCUUCAUAGAAGUAUUGAUUUUUUGGGGGGAUUUUUUAUUUUUUUUGGCUUUUCAGCACAUCACACUUUCCAGCAUUUGUAACAACACCAGACAAGUGAAAAGCAAUAGUGAGACAUAUGGACAUCCAGAAACUGAAACUUCUUAGAUGGAUGCUUCUCAGAAAUGUUCAGCCAACUCAGAGGGAAGAAGAGACUUCUUCAUGCUCUGUCCUAUCAUAUGCUGAUAUUUAUUAAUUUUUUAUCAACACUAUCCAGAGCAUUUUUUUUAAAUAUUUGCAUUGCUGAUUUUUUUGGUUUUAAAGUUUAGCUUCUUUUUUUUUAUAAUGCCAUAUUUGAAUCUUGUGACUGUUAAAACAGAUGCAGAGAGGUAUAAAUACUCUUGAAACUGAACCUGAUUCUCAUACGCUUUAUCAUAAAAAUGGCUUAAAACGCUCCCCUAUCUACAUUGUAAAAAAAUUUACAAUACUGCUUCAACAUAUCAAAAUGCUGAACUAAACAGUAGUAGCUGAUAUUUAGGGAUAGCUACAUUUCAGUUUUUAGCUGGAAUACUGUACUGAAGAAGAUUCUACGUUUAGCGUACACAUACAGUUUUAAGGAUAAUUAAACUGUAUAGUUCACCUGUUACAAAUAAUCCAAAGAAUGUUAUUUGCACUCCGUCUGAAGGGAGUAUAAAUGUGUGUUCACAAUUGCUGCAAGACAGUGAGUUUUAUGCAGAAUAUGAUUGGAUGAUGCCUAAUUGCAACCGUAAACAGGAGCGUGUGUGUGUGUGUUUUGUCUCUGUUGAAAUCCAGUGGUUCCUCCUUCACCUGGUGUUGAGACAUGUUUUAAUGUAGGUGUGGAGCAGAUCGAAUGUACUGUGUAGUCAGGCUUCAGCCCUGCAUUGCUGUUGAGAUGACUGACAUACUGCUUACACAUGUUCAGGGUUCAUGUUGCACUGUGACUCUAUAGAGAUUUUCUAAAAAUACUGGACUCACCCUACCUUGACUGUAAGAAUAUCUUAGAGGGGUGGACAUCAGGUCCUGUAAUUUUCAUUCUUCCAGCCUUUCUGCUGGCCCUGAGUGUGGUUUCUAUAAUACUGAGCAACUCAGAAACACCUCACCCUGCUUUAAUUUGCUCAUCAUGAUGCUCAUUAACAUGGUGACUUUCUGCUGCAAGAAAGAAAGGCAAUACUGGGAUUGUAUGAGACAAAGUUACUGUGGGUGGCAUAUUAAAAUAUGAAGAAAAAAAACUGCUUCAUAAUGUUGCACAUUACAAGCUUAACGGUGGGUGAAGGCCACCAGAUUGAAUGAUUAAAUUGUGGUUCGAGUGUCAACACUGAGUGAUGCCAUAAAUGUACUUUGCUUCAUAAUGCUAAAGUAGAAAAGAUUGUGAGCCAGUCAGAUGCUGUGAGAUAGCUUUACUAAUAAAUCGACCUUGUGAAAAAAUGAC